AUGCUUUGUAUUUUGUUAUGGUGGCAACAAUUAAUGCUAAUCGAACUAGGAUUUAAUAUAUUUAUAUGGUGCUAUGGAUUUUACUAUUUUAUUCAUAUAUUAUCUUUGAUCAUUCGAUUUACAGAUGGACGAUUUUUGAUAUUGUCUCUAUUGGGUUGGAAACAUGGCUGUAAAGUGAUGUGGAUAGCAGAUUUAGAUGUAGCCAAAAAAGUUUUACUAACUACAUCAAGUAAGGGUUCAUUUAUUGAAGAAAAAAUUGCUACUCCAGCUUGGUCACCUGUUCUUUCUCUCGAAUCUGUCAAUGGCGAUUUAUGGAUAGAUCUCAAGUCGAAAUUUCUUAUUUUUCAAAAGUAUCUCCCGUCUGCAGAACAAUUCACUCGUGUAGUACGCUACAUUUUAUCUACACAAGAUGCAAAUAUAGAGAUUGAUGCAAAACAAGUUGUCCGAAUCACAUUAGCGUGCUUUGUCAAAUGGAUUUUUAAUCGAGACUGGGAUCCUGAAUGGGAUUUCGUCUGCGAAGCAUCAUGGGAAUGGCGUAAAGAACUUGCAGUGAAAGGAAAAGCGGAUCCACUUUUAAAAUUUAGGACAAUUGACUGGUUAAUCGACUUGAUAAAUCAUUCAAAUUAUUAUCAUAUAUUCGGUGAACAAUGGUCAACCCCCGAAUGUUAUUCGGUCAUCAUGCAACCAUUUAUUUUAUCUCCUAUGAUAAAUAUUAGUGAUAUUGCAGUAUCUGCUAGUCGACGCCCAGAUCUAUCCAUUCAAGAGUUAAUUCAUUAUUAUCAUCCAUUUCCAAUAAUUGAGCGCUACAUAGACAAAGACAUUGUAGUUUGCAAUGAUGGUGUUAGCUGUGUACUCGUCAAUGCCAACACACAAGUAUUUAUUCCAUUGGAUACGAUUGGACAACAAGAACAAUAUCACCACAACUUGUGGACUCCAUUUGGAAUCGGACCUAGGAAAUGUCUAGGUUCUCAAUAUGCAGUUCCACUUCUAACUGAAUUCAUUACACAUUAUAAAAAUAGCCCGAAGUUUGUACCUUACAAGAACCACAAAUAUAGUGGAAGAAACAACGACAAUCUAUCAUUUCACGAAUCAAUAUAUCAACUUGUCCUAUUUGCAAAAAUAUUGAUUCGCAAUUAA